AUCACAAUAUAUUACCAUUCUGUUUGAUUCUAAUUAAUAUUGAAUUGCAUAAUACAUUCUUUCAAUUAAUGCCAAAAUUACCUUCAAGCUCAGGGCACCACUGCUACGAACGCGAGACAAGCUACCAACAUCCAGGGAUGGAAGACACCUCCGGCCGGAAUCUUCAAGAUGAACAGUGAUGUCGGGGUGUUAAAGCCGUCUGGGAUUGGAAUUGGAUGUGUUUUCAAAAAUUGGAAUGGUGAUUUUCUGGGCGCAAUAGCUGGGAAGGAGACGGGCAAUUGCAGACCAGUGGAGGCAGAAGCAAGAGCUAUCAUAGCUGGUUUAAUAGAAGCAAAUCGAAGGGGGUGGAGUCCUCUGGUGGUGGAAUCUGAUUGCCAGAAUUUGGUAAAGUUUUUGGAGAAAGACGAGGAGUAUCGCAUUGAGCUGGGGGUGUGGUGCAAGGAGAUCAGAAGUUUGGUGGAAGUUAACUCGACAAUGGCUGGUAGGAAAGUUGAGUGGGCUUUUGUGUCCAGAAGUUCUAAUUCAGUGGUCCACUGUCUAGCCCACAUGAAUUCUCACGAAAAUCAUAUGUGUAUUUGGACUGACUGUCCACCCAACUCCAUUAGGAGUCUGUUAGAAGCUGAGAAAGCCCAAUUUUUGGAGAUUUAAGUAAUACAUAACACGGUUUCCCAUAAAAAAUGCCAAAAUAAGCAUGCAUAUAUGUGAACAUUAAGUUUAAUUUCACCUGCCACUCAUAUGUCUAUAUGAGUUUAGCUAGAUUCAAAUUGUCUAUCGCAUUUCCUGGAGCUCUUGCUAAUUAAUAGAACAUGCUUGAGUCAGGCGGCUACAACUGGUUCUCUUACCAAAGAUUACAAGUAUAAUCGAGAAAAAGGAAUUCAACUAGAGUCAUGACCAUAUGAAGCUGGUUAGUUCUUCAAAUAGUUUGUAUUGAUGUUGCUUUGGAUAGAUAGAGACCCAGAGCCCAUUGACAUAUCGUUCCGUCUAUCAUAUUGGACGUUCAUCCGGAUUAGGAAAAAGUCUAACGUUUAACGGUUAAUUAUAUUUACACGGUAUAAAACUGUACAAAAGCU